AUGCGGCUCUACAUCGAAGACGAUGCCGGGAAAAGGACCAUGAUGGCACUGCUGUUUGCUGGCAAGUCUCUGGAAGAUGCUGAUCACAUUGUGGAGGACCUGGGGCUGGACCGCUACAACACACGGCAAGAGGCAACACUGCACGUGCGGCGGCAGCUGGCGGCGCCGCGCAGCGUGUGGCUGGCCGGCUGCGCCGCGGGCGGCGGGCAGCAGCAGCACUUGGAGGCGGUGGAGCGCGGCAGCACCAUGGAGCAAAUGAUGGAGCUUCUGACCGUACGCGGGCUGGCGGCGGCCGCGUUUGCCUCGACCUGCGGCAGCGGCAACGUCGUGGUGCGGCGCGCGGACGGCAGCACGACGCGGCUGACGGCGGGCUCGAAAGAGACGAUAUCAGAGCUAGAGGCCAGGAUACAGGCGGCAGAGGGCGCGUGCCCCGAGAGCCUGGCGUUCAUGCAGGCGCCCGACGGCUGCCUGCACGUCGUGUUCGGGCCCAGCCAGAGCAGCACGGCGAGCAGCUUCCCGGUGUAUUGCAGGAACCUGCUGCCCCAGCCUGUAAUCAGAGGGCGGCAGAUGGGGCCGGGGCAGGAGCCGCUCGGCGCGCUGGCUCGGCGGCUGUGCGUGAACCCCUGA